GGUUUCAAGGGUUUCAAUGGUUUCAAGGGUUUCAAUGGUUUCAAGGGUUUCAAAGGCUUCAAUGGUUUCAAGGGUUUCAAUGGUUUCAAGGGUUUCAAUGGUUUCAAGGGUUUCAAAGGUUUCAAGGGUUUCAAAGGUUUCAAUGGUUUCAAGGGUUUCAAGGGUUUCAAGGGUUUCAAGGGUUUCAAGGGUUUCAAGGGUUUCAAUGGUUUCAAGGGUUUCAAGGGUUUCAAUGGUUUCAAGGGUUUCAAGGGUUUCAAUGGUUUCAAGGGUUUCAAGGGUUUCAAGGGUUUCAAUGGUUUCAAGGGUUUCAAAGGUUUCAAGGGUUUCAAGGGUUUCAAAGGUUUCAAGGGUUUCAAGGGUUUCAAGGGUUUCAAUGGUUUCAAUGGUUUCAAUGGUUUCAAUGGUUUCAAUGGUUUCAAGGGUUUCAAGGGUUUCAAAGGUUUCAAUGGUUUCAAUGGUUUCAAUGGUUUCAAUGGUUUCAAUGGUUUCAAUGGUUUCAAGGGUUUCAAUGGUUUCAAGGGUUUCAAUGGUUUCAAUGGUUUCAAGGGUUUCAAUGGUUUCAAGGGUUUCAAUGGUUUCAAGGGUUUCAAUGGUUUCAAGGGUUUCAAUGGUUUGAAGGGUUUCAAUGGUUUCAAGGGUUUCAGUGGUUUCAAGGGUUUCAAGGGUUUCAAAGGUUUCAAGGGUUUCAAUGGUUUCAAGGGUUUCAAGGGUUUCAAGGGUUUCAAUGGUUUCAAGGGUUUCAAUGGUUUCAAGGGUUUCAAUGGUUUCAAGGGUUUCAAGGGUUUCAAUGGUUUCAAGGGUUUCAAUGGUUUCAAGGGUUUCAAGGGUUUCAAUGGUUUCAAGGGUUUCAAGGGUUUCAAUGGUUUCAAUGGUUUCAAUGGUUUCAAUGGUUUCAAGGGUUUCAAGGGUUUCAAUGGUUUCAAUGGUUUCAAUGGUUUCAAUGGUUUCAAGGGUUUCAAUGGUUUCAAGGGUUUCAAGGGUUUCAAGGGUUUCAAGGGUUUCAAUGGUUUCAAGGGUUUCAAGGGUUUCAAUGGUUUCAAGGGUUUCAAGGGUUUCAAGGGUUUCAAGGGUUUCAAGGGUUUCAAUGGUUUCAAGGGUUUCAAGGGUUUCAAGGGUUUCAAGGGUUUCAAAGGUUUCAAUGGUUUCAAGGGUUUCAAGGGUUUCAAGGGUUUCAAAGGUUUCAAGGGUUUCAAGGGUUUCAAGGGUUUCAAUGGUUUCAAUGGUUUCAAGGGUUUCAAUGGUUUCAAUGGUUUCAAGGGUUUCAAGGGUUUCAAGGGUUUCAAAGGUUUCAAGGGUUUCAAUGGUUUCAAGGGUUUCAAGGGUUUCAAAGGUUUCAAGGGUUUCAAUGGUUCCAAGGGUGUCGAUGGUUUCAAGGGUGUCGAUGGUUACAAGGGUGUUGAUGGUUUCAAGGGUUUCAAUGGUUUCGAGGGUUUCAAGGGUGUCG